AUGGCGUCUUCCAGUCCACCACUAGAAUCCUCGGCGGCCCGAGAGCGCGGGAACGGCUUUUAUCGCAAAGGUCAAUUCACUGAAGCAGAAAAAGCGUACAGGGAGGCGGCGGCGCUUGCCCCUGAGGACCCCGCACCAUGGUCCAACAUCUCUGCCAUCAAGUUCGAGCAGGGUGACUACACCAGCUGCUUGCAGAAUCUCGAGAAAGCUUUGUCUCUCUCAUCAUCCGAUGCGAAGGACGAGCCAAAGAAGCAGAAACUGUACACUCGAAUGGCUAAAUGCCACAUGCACCUAAUGUCCUUUGAGGCUGCGGAAAGCGCAAUUAAGAGCCUUGGGGUUGAUACCUCAAGCCAGAGUUUGAAAGCUUCCCUCGAGGAUCUCAAAGGUCUGAGGGCUUCCGUACAAAAUGGCGACAAGCUGCGUACGCAGACUUGUGACCGCGUGGCAAGAUACAAAGCCUCUCUACAAGACAUUCCUGAGUACUACGCCGUCGGCCAUGAUUUCGCAGAGCCUUUGCUCCAGCUUGAUGAGCCACUCUGGGAACUUCUUGGACCAAAAGACACGCUGUCAUUCCUCCUUUGUGGCAGCGGUGAUGCUCGUCAUUUAUUCGUAUCGAUAGCCACUAUCUUUUUCCAGGACAUGAUGAAUCAGCGGAAAGGGAAAAAUAAAGCCUUUGCGCAAGCAUACUUUACCAUCAUCGACAUCAACGCCGCUGCUUUGGCAAGGACUCUAAUCAUGUUCGAUAUGGGUUUUCGAUACGCUGCCAUGAAAACACAGAAGAUGCCGCGUAUUGAGGACAGCGCUCCCCGCAAGGCAAGUAAACUUGUCAAGUUCAAUCAAUCAAUCAAUCAAUUAUGA